AUGUGCGAGGUUCUUCAAAUUGCAUAUCAAGAUAUGCCCAAAACUAAGGAGAAGCCUCUAUUAGCAACUUACAUCAUGAUAAACUUGAUGUUGGUGGCCUUUGCUAUAUCAAUAGUGGUUAUGGCGUCCGAACCCUGCCACUUGCCAGAAUUCGGUAUUCACUCAGUAAAAAGAUGGCUACGUCAAAUGGAUCUCAAUCUGCUUGCUAAGUUCCGAUUUGUUUGCUUGUUGGCAUUUCCACUGGCAACAAUUGCAAAUCUGGUCAUACUAUUGGAAAACAAAGAAUAA